AAAUGCGCUUUGUGUUGUUGCCUGGUCUUGACAGCUGUGGCCUCAAUAGCGUUACAUGAUGCAUUAAAGAACUUUCUUCUUCUUUGCCAAGAACCUUUGCCUUAUCUGAACUUGCAAAUCAUUUUCUUUUUCAGCAAAGUAUAUUUAUUCCGAAAGGUGCACCGGAAAUAACUGCAUGUGGAAAGUCGUGAACCUUCGCUUCCUGAAAUGUAUCAUUUUAGAUUCAGAGAAUCUCUCGGUCGUGGCUGGAUGAUAGGACACAAACAUCAAGAAUAAACAUUGGAGGACAAUUUGUCAAGUCUGUAAGCAUGUUUCCAAGAAUACUUGUACAGUUGGGUCUCCUGUAUGGACUUUGGACUCUGGCUACUGGAAACAUUACUGGAAACACGGCAUGUCAGCAUCAGCCUCUGCCGCUGCUGCUUGUAUCAUUUGACGGCUUCCGAGCCGACUAUCUGCAGAGGUUCCCUAUGCACAAUUUGACCCUUCUGUACAACCAAGGGGUCCUGGUGGAGCAGCUCACCAACGUGUUUGUCACAAAAACCUUUCCCAACCAUUACAGCCUGGUGACGGGACUCUAUGCAGAGUCUCACGGUAUCCUUGCCAGCUCCAUGUACGACCCCAUCAGCCACAAGCACUUCCAUGUGAGCAACAGCAGUGACCCAAUGUGGUGGAAUGAGGCGACACCUGUCUGGCUCUCAGCAGAUCAAACAGGCUACAGGACGGGGAUUGCCAUGUGGCCUGGCUCUGAUGUGGAAAUCCACAACCAUACGCCCACACACUUCUUACCUUACAACCCUCAUGUGACCUUCCAGGAGCGUUUGGGCAAUGUGACCAAUUGGUUACUGGGAAGUGAGAAGGAGGAAGGAGUGAUGUUCGCAGCCAUCUAUUGGGAGGAGCCAGACCGUUCAGGACAUAGAUUUGGACCUGAAAAUACUACGGCCAUAGGCAAAGCGCUGAAGGAAGUUGAUGACAACAUUGGCCUGCUGAUGUCGGAACUAAAGCGGACCGGACUGUGGGGUCGCGUUAACAUUCUGGUGACCAGUGACCACGGCAUGGCUCAGUGCUCGGUCGAUCGCCUCAUCCGACUGGAUGAUUGCUUGCACCCCGACAACUACACACUGGUGGACCUUUCUCCCGUCGCAGCCCUUAUCCCAAACAACAAGCCAGAGGCUGUCUUUGCCUUGCUUGAGAACUGCCACACCCACAUGACUGCAUAUUUGAAGGAGGCCAUCCCUGAUCGUUUGCACUACCGCAACAACGAACGCGUCCAGCCCAUCAUACUGAUUGCCGAUGAGGGAUGGACCAUAAUACAGCGAGGGAAUCGACUGCCGAGAUUGGGCGAUCACGGUUAUGACAACUCCCUACCCAGCAUGCACCCCUUCAUGGCGGCUCGGGGACCCAGCUUCCGGAGUGGCUACCGACUGAAGACUUUGCAGAGUGUGGACAUAUACCCGCUCAUGUGCCACCUGUUAGCUGUGCCCCCGCACCGCAACAAUGGUAGCCUGGCCAAGGCCCGUUGUAUGCUCGUGGGCGAAUGCAGCCAGGAUGUGCUGAUGAUUGUCGGUCUGGGGAUGGGUGUCUUAAUCAUGCUUGCCACAUUACCGGUUCUGUUCAAGCUAAUUGCCCGGUGGCUUUGGCCAUCAUCUCCUCGAACCUUCCAGAGACUUGAAGUGGAUCCCAAUGAUGAAGAGGAAUCUCUGCUGGAAUAACUCACCUCAAGCUUCGCCUGCUCAUGCACUUUAUCCAAUGAGGUAGGAGAACCAAAGCCAUUUAGAUCAACUAGCAGCUCAUAGUUUUUUUCUGGAGUUCUACAUUGUUACUUGAAAAUCCUGUUUGAGGAGCACUGUCAUAUGAAGGAGUUCAACCUCCGUCCGUAGGCAGACACUUUCCUGCUGUUGAGGUAAGUUUUAAACCAGUCUGUACGUUCAAAAUUAAGUUCUGUCUUCUUCCGUCCCCUUUUAUGACAAAGCAAAUUACCUUAAUUGAUCUUAUCCAAGUCAACCAAAAAUCUUGCCAAACAAGUUUCCAAGUCGUGUGUAUGCAACACACAAAAUGGCAUAAGCGAGGUUUAAUCACCCAAACAAUGUUUUACUUUGUUACACAUAAGAUUAUGUCUAAAUUCCUCUACAAAUAUGUUUGGUAAAGUUGAUCUGUAUUGUAUUGUUUUUAUUUUUGUAUAGGUCAUACUACUUUUAGUCAGCAGAGGGGGUCAAUAGCCUAUUAGUAGAACGCAUUGAGGUAUUGUAGGGAAACUGAAGUAUUUGUGGAUAAUUUUAUGCAUUGAUGAAACGAUCGUGGCACGCGUUACAUAAUUUUCCACAAUAAAAAGCAGCAGUAUGAAGUAGCACCUUGCAAAGAAAUUGGUGGUUUGUUAUUAAAUAACAUGGAUGUUAUUAAAACUAUGCUUUCUCAGGGAUCUAAUCUCGACAUAAGGAUAACAGGAAAGUAAAAUAAGUCAUAAUUCCUUGUGUCUUUGUGUCCUUGUGGCUUUGUUUUCAGUGUUUUUUGGGUUGGUUUGUCACUUAGCGUUCAAUUCUAUAACAUUUGUGACAUCCUAGACAGACAACAAAUUUAAGCAGACUUCUGGUUGCAUUAUUUCUAUUGUAAUUUUUCCUGGGAUUCCCAAGAAUUGUCACUGAGUCUACAUGGUACUGGUUUGGUAAAAUGGGAUGGAUUCAUUGGUCAAACUAUGUGUGUCUGACCUUUUAGUUAUCUUCUGUGAUGUUGCAUAACUGUAUGUUUUGCACAUUUUAUUUUAUUUCUUUUGGGCGUGCACUGGAAAGACUUUUCAGGUGUAUGAGAUUCUUGUAAUGCCAUGAGAUUUUUUUUGUGUGUGAAUAAACUCCUUGGAAUUGGUAA